UUCUCGCCGAACUAGCGGAGGUAGUCAGCCGUUCAGGAAGCCGUUUGGAAAUACCAUUAGCGGGCUAGGCGGCUGGCUUGCCGUGUCUCAACGUAGGAAGAUGGCGGCGGGCAGCGUAAACCCUUUUCUCAGUGACUCCGAUGAGGAGGCUGAGCGGAGGACGGAUGGGCCCGACAAACGACGCAGCCCGGGCGAUGUCGCACCGGGCCUGGGCAUCGGAGCCCUUUCCCCGCACACGGAUUCAGAGCCAGGGGCGUCGCUGCUAUCCAGCAGUAGGACGAGCCCCGGGGUGGAAAGUGUUUCUGUCCCGGGUGCUGCUGCUGCGGCUGUGUCUGCGGGAGGGAGCGGGGAGACUCGGCUGUCUGUGGAUGCGAUAGCGGCUCAGCUGCUGCGGGAUCAGUACAUCCUGACGGCCCUGGAGCUGCACACGGAGCUGCUGGAAGCGGGCAGGGAGCUUCCUCGGCUGCGGGAUUACUUCUCCAACCCUGGCAACUUCGAAAGGCAGAGUGGCACUCCGCCGGCUUGCAAAGAGCCAGUACUCGGUCCUGCCGGACAGCUUAAUCGAACCGGAAGCAUAAGCACCCUGGACUCCCUGGAUUUUGCCCGCUACUCUGACGACGGGAACAGGGAAUCGGACGAGCGUGUGGCAGUCCUGGAGUUUGAACUACGGAAAGCCAAGGAGACCAUACAGGCUCUGCGGGCCAACUUGACUCAGGCAGCAGAGAGUGAUGUUCGUAUGCAGGAGAGGAAGAACUUCAAAUCCAGCCCUGAAAUUCAGGAACCCAUCCGCCCUCUUGAGAAAAGAGCAUUAAAUUUUCUAGUCAACGAGUAUUUAUUGAAAAACAAUUACAAGCUUUCGUCCAUCACAUUCUCAGAUGAAAAUGAUGAUCAGGACUUUGAGCUAUGGGAUGACGUGGGCUUGAACAUCCCAAAACCCCCUGACCUCCUCCACCUUUACCGGAACUGUGGUGCCAGCCCACCAUCGCCCCGGGAUACGGUGGACGUCGGUGUGGGUGUUGAGGCCGGCGAGCUGCCGUCCAGCCCAGGCACGCCGCAGCCAUCGAUGAACACCGAGCUCCCGCAGCAAGCGGCUGUGGUCCAAGAGCUGGAGUACCAGAUCAGCCUCCUGAACAGUGAGAAGAAGAGCCUGCUAGAGAAAAUCAAGAAGUUGGAGAGUGACAUGCGCUUCCUGAAGGAGAGCAUCUCCGUCCCACCGCUCGUCACGGCAGCAAAAUCGGGUCGGCUGCCCGACCCCGGGCCCCAGGAUAACGGACAGUACCUGGACAUCCGGCGCUCCACGGAUCAGGAUGACGUGCCAGAUGGCCCAGCUGGGGAUAUUAGCCCUGACCCUGACCUGCAGGAGGCGCCGGCCGUCCGUCCGCAAGCUACCCACCUGACCACGCCUCAGACUUCACCCCACACAAAAUUAAAAUGUCAGACCUCGCAAAGCAAGGCGCCUGUCGAGUUUGAUCAGCCAAACAGAAAGCUGUCUGCUGCAUUUCACCAAGCACUUUUGUCCUUCUGCCCAAUGUCUGCCGAUAGUCGUCUUGGCUCCGAGGUGUCCCGCAUUGCGGACAGCGCUGAGAGCGUCACCCUCAUGCUGGGCCGCUGCUUACCCCACAUUGUCCCCAAUGUGCUGCUAGCUAAGCGGGAGGAGCUGAUUCCCCUCAUUCUGUGUACCGCCUGCCUUCACCCGGAACCCAAGGAGCGUGACCAGCUCCUGCAUAUCCUCUUCAACCUCAUCAAGAGGCCUGACGACGACCAGAGGCAGAUGAUCCUGACAGGGUGCGUAGCCUUCGCACGGCAUGUGGGUCCGACCCGGGUGGAGGCAGAACUGCUGCCGCAGUGCUGGGAGCAGAUCAACCACAAGUACCCGGAGCGCAGGCUGCUGGUGGCGGAGUCCUGCGGAGCUUUGGCCCCCUAUCUGCCCGUAAGAACCGCUCAGAAGGAGAUCCGCAGCUCCCUGGUGCUGUCCAUGCUGCAGCAGAUGCUGGCUGAGGACAAGGCCGACAUGGUGAGGGAGGCCGUGGUCAAGAGCCUGGGAAUCAUCAUGGGAUACAUCGACGAUCCGGAUAAGUAUUCCCAGGGCUUGGAGCUCAUGCUCCUCUCCCUGGGAGACCCGUCGGAGAGAGUGGUGAAUGCCACCCACCAGGUGUUCAUCCCGGCCUUCGCGGCCUGGGCCACAGAGCUGGGGACUCUGCAGUCGCAGCUCAUCCCCACGCUGCUCAGCCGCAUCGAAAAGCUGCUCAAGGAUGGCGAGCACACGCUGGACGAGCACAGGCUCCACACAUUCCUGUCGGCCCUGCAGUCCCUCAUCCCAGCCCUGUUCGCCGCCGUGCUCCAGAACGGCCCCUUUGCGGACCGAGCCCGACUGCAGGGUGAAGCGCCUCCUAUAGAGGUGACUCGGUUCCCCCGGCCAGCGUCGCCGCUGCAGGACCUGGCCACCAUCGUCGGCAGCCGGGAGCAGCUGGCCAUCCUCCUGCAGCUCUAUGACCACCAACUGGGCCACGAGGGCACCACGGGCUGGGACAGCCUCCUCUGGGUGGUCAACCAAAUGCUACCCCAGCUCAUUGACAUCGUCAGCCGGAUAAACAUCACAUCGGGCACCUCUGUCCAUGAGUUUUCCAGGUUCUUCUGGAGGUUAUGUCGGACAUUUGGGAAGAUUUUCACCAACACCAAGGUCAAGCCACAGUUUCAGGAGAUCCUUCGUCUUUCUGAGGAGAAUGUGGACACAACGACCGGGAAUGGGAUUCUGACCAAGGCAACUGUGCCAAUCUAUGCAACAGGGGUGCUGACAUGCUACAAUCAGGAAGAAGACCGCAAGCUCCUGGUUGGAUUCUUGGAAGAUGUCAUGACCACCUUGUCAUUGUCACAUGCUACUCUGGAGAGCUUGAAGGCAUCUUUUGUGGAGCUGGGUGCCAAUCCGGCGUUCCACGAGCUGCUUCUGACAGUCCUCUGGUACGGCGUGGUCCACACCUCGGCGCUCGUGCGCUGCACCGCCGCUCGGAUGUUCGAGCUGUUGGUGAAGGGGGUGAACGAAACCCUAGUAGCUCAGAGAGUCGUGCCUGCACUUAUCACACUCUCCAGCGACCCUGAAAUUUCUGUAAGGAUAGCAACCAUUCCUGCAUUUGGGACAAUUAUGGAGACAGUAACUCAAAGAGAGCUGCUUGAGAGGGUCAAAAUGCAGCUGGCUUCCUUUCUGGAAGACCCCCAGUACCAAGACCAGCAUUCCCUGCACAUGGAGAUCAUCAGGACACUCGGCAGGGUGGGACCCAAUGCGGAGCCGAGGUUCAGGGACGACUUUGUCCUUCCUCAUUUGCACAAGUUGGCUUUGGUCAACAACAUGCAAACGGUGGAGGCGAAGCGAUUGGACAUCGCCACCCAGCUCUUUGAGGCCUACAGUGCCCUGUCCUGUUGUUGUAUCCUCCAAGGGUCAAGAAUUCAAGGGUUGGGGAGGUGGCUCAACAACGUGCCAUUUACCAUUGGAUGAACAUUCCCUGACAGGAAGGAGGGAAAAAAGAAAAUAAACGCUGUGCAUUUAUGUGCACCAAGUUGCAGGGCAGACGCUAAAACGUACAGCUGACCACUAAGUGUGGCUCCCCCAUAAUGAGGGAGAGCCUGUUCCCAGGCCGGAAAAGUCUGCCUCUGGUCACAGUUCCCAGCACCGGGGCCCGUGUGGGCUGCCCGCAGCAGAUCAGAGCCCUGGGUGCCCCUCCGGUGACCUCCUGCGAUGGCAGUCUGCUGCUCCCCACGCAGCUGGGUGAGGUUUGCGUUCUGAUGACUUUUUAAUUUAUUUUCUUGAAUUUUUUUGGGGGGGCCUCCUGGAAGUCCCACGUCACAGAGGCUCGGAGAGCUGAGUGUGAAGAGGACGUGGAGCCGCAGGGGGGGGAGGGGUUGGCUGCACAUUGACGGCAGCCUUUUGGUGUGGUCCACCGUGGGGAAGGGGGGGGGGGUGUUCCAUUCCUCAAGCUUUUUAAGGAAGCAAUACCCCCCCCCUCCACACACACAUGCCACUUUUAAAGAGAUUUAAAUUAGCUAGAGCCAGUUUCAGGGCAAGCAUACGUCCCCUGCCCACAUUUGAAAUGGUUUAUCUUGCCCAGUGAAAAGGAGUGGUCUUCAUAUUCAUGGGACUUUGCAGAGGUGGACAUUUCAGGUGAACAAAAUCUUGGCCUGAAUUUUUACUUUCUGGACCUGAAAUGUCCACCUCCAGGGCUUUGAUACUAAUAAGAAAGUGAGGCCAAGAGAGCCAGUUUGGAAUUU